UAUUUUUCCUAAGCGGCCCCACAAAGCGUCCACGAUGCCCGAGGCGUCCCCCGUGCGGGUGCGUCUGGACUUCCCCAACGGCACCACUGGUCCUCUGGCCAACUGGACCAACGAGACAACCUUCUGCGCCAGUGAGCAGCAAGUGGUGAUCCCCAGCGAACUCUUCUUGACUCUGGGAGCGAUGAGCUUCGUGGAGAACCUGCUGGUGGUGGCCGCCAUUGUCAAAAACCGGAACCUCCAUUCCCCCAUGUAUUACUUCAUCUGCUGCCUGGCCGUUUCAGACAUGCUGGUGAGCGUCAGCAACCUGGUGGAGACCCUUUUCAUUCUGCUGAUAGAGCACGGGAUGCUGCUGAUAGAGCCCAGCCUGGUCAAGCAGGUGGACAACGUCAUGGACAUGCUGAUCUGCAGCUCCCUGAUGUCCUCGCUCUCCUUCCUGGGCGUCAUUGCCAUGGACCGCUACAUCACCAUCUUCUACGCCUUGCGCUAUCACAGUAUCAUGACCAUCCAGCGGGCUGCCAUCCUCAUGGUGGCUGUGUGGCUGAUCAGCAGCGUCUCCAGCGUCCUCUUCAUCGUCUACGACAGCACUGCCGUCCUCAUGUGCCUGGUGGCCUUCUUCCUCUCGGUGCUGAGCCUCAUUGCAGGGCUCUACAUCCACAUGUUCGUGCUGGCACACCGGCACGCCAGGCAGAUUUCAACCAUGUAUGGCAAGCAGCACGCACCCCAAUUCACCAGCAUGAAGGGGGCCAUCACCCUCACCAUCUUGCUGGGGGUCUUCUUGAUUUGUUGGGGACCCUUCUUCCUCCACCUCAUCCUCAUCCUCAUCUGCCCCGGCCGUCCUGCCUGCAAGUGCUACUUCCGCUACUUUAGCCUCUAUCUCAUCCUCAUCAUCUGCAAUUCAGUGGUGGACCCCAUAAUUUACGCCUUCCGGAGCCAGGAGCUCAGGAGAACGUUGAAAGAGGUGGCCCUGUGUCUCUGGCUGGCUGGGAGCGCAAGUCCAGAACCUGGGCCGUCCUCGCUGCCGCUCAGCUCUCCAGAGCUCAUCAAGAUGCCGAGGAGGGGAGCGCGGGGUUCACGCCGGGCCUCGGCGUUCGAGCGGCGGCGCUCGCUGGCGAGAGAGCCCGGCCGCCUCCUCCAAUCGCUCCGCGCCCACCGCUCCUGCCGCUGCCCGCCGUCCUCCAGCCCUCCACCGCCGCCGUCGCAGCAGCCCCGCCGCCGGUGCAGCAUGAGAGAGAUCGUGCACAUCCAGGCGGGCCAGUGCGGCAACCAGAUCGGAGCCAAGUUCUGGGAGGUGAUCAGCGAUGAGCAUGGGAUAGACCCCAGUGGGAACUAUGUCGGGGACUCUGAUCUGCAGCUGGAAAGGAUCAGUGUGUACUACAAUGAAGCCUCCUCUCACAAAUACGUCCCCCGGGCGAUCCUGGUGGACCUGGAACCUGGCACCAUGGACAGUGUUCGCUCAGGCGCUUUUGGACACCUCUUCAGACCAGACAACUUCAUCUUUGGUCAAAGCGGUGCAGGGAACAACUGGGCCAAGGGCCACUACACAGAAGGCGCCGAGCUGGUGGAUUCCGUCCUGGACGUGGUGAGAAAGGAGUGUGAAAACUGUGACUGCCUGCAAGGCUUCCAGCUCACCCACUCCCUCGGUGGGGGCACAGGAUCUGGCAUGGGGACCCUCCUAAUUAGCAAAGUCCGUGAAGAAUACCCGGACCGGAUCAUGAACACUUUCAGCGUGGUGCCUUCCCCCAAAGUAUCUGACACUGUGGUAGAGCCUUACAACGCCACCCUGUCCAUCCACCAGCUGGUGGAAAACACAGAUGAGACCUACUGUAUCGACAACGAAGCCCUCUACGACAUCUGCUUCCGGACCCUCAAGUUGGCCACCCCGACCUACGGAGACCUCAAUCACCUGGUUUCUGCCACCAUGAGUGGCGUGACCACCUCUCUGAGAUUCCCAGGGCAGCUCAAUGCAGAUCUGCGCAAACUGGCGGUCAACAUGGUUCCCUUCCCUCGCCUCCACUUCUUCAUGCCUGGCUUCGCACCCCUGACGGCCCGCGGGAGCCAACAGUACCGAGCCCUCACUGUGCCUGAGCUCACGCAGCAGAUGUUUGACGCCAAGAACAUGAUGGCCGCCUGCGAUCCCCGCCACGGUCGCUACCUCACUGUGGCCACCGUCUUCAGAGGACGCAUGUCCAUGAAGGAGGUGGACGAGCAGAUGCUCGCCAUCCAGAGCAAGAACAGCAGCUACUUUGUGGAAUGGAUCCCCAACAACGUCAAGGUAGCCGUGUGCGACAUCCCUCCCCGGGGCCUGAAGAUGUCUUCCACCUUCAUUGGCAACAGCACCGCCAUCCAGGAGCUCUUCAAGCGCAUCUCAGAGCAGUUCACGGCCAUGUUCCGGCGCAAAGCCUUCCUCCACUGGUACACGGGGGAGGGCAUGGACGAGAUGGAGUUCACGGAGGCCGAGAGCAACAUGAACGACCUGGUCUCCGAGUACCAGCAGUACCAAGAUGCCACCGCUGAAGAGGAAGGAGAGAUGUACGAAGAUGACGAGGAAGAGUCCGAAGCCCAGGGUGCCAAGUGAGGGCCCGGCCACCCUCCCCCCUCCCUGGGAAGAAGCCGCCCUUGGCACCAUUAUUCUGUGGCUCAUCUCCACCUGCCAACUUUCCCAUCUGAUGAGUUUUAGACAACCAGCUUCUAGUUACUUCUGAUUCAAGCGUUCCAAAACUUAAAAAUUCAGUAUUUGACCAUCUUUUCUUUCUGCUCCCCAAUCUCGUUUUUUGAGUUAGUGCAAGUCCCAGAGUUAGUCACUUUGAUAAAUUCAAGGAUCCUGUUCUUUACUUU